AUGGCGGGCGCUUGGUCCGCGGAUAGCUGUGAAGGAUGCUCCUCUACUAGCUGUACAUGUGGCCACAAGGGCAAGUGGGGCGACUCCUCGCUGUUAGGCAAGCGGCUCUCGGAAGACUCGAGCCGCCACCAGCUGCUGCAGAAGUGGGCGAGCAUGUGGAGCUCCGUGAGCGGAGACGCGUCGGUGGCCUGCUCUGAGAGGACGCAGCGCGAGGAGGCUGCGGAGCCGGCGGAGGAGGACAGGCCGCUGGUGUUUCUGUGCUCGCGCUGCCGGCGGCCGCUGGGAGACUCGCUGAGCUGGGUGGCGAGCCAGGAAGACACCAAUUCCAUCUUGCUUCGCUGUGUUACCUGUAAUGUUUCUGUGAAUGAGGAACAGAUACUAUCCAAACGUAAAAAUGAAAAUGGUUGCAUCCUGGAGACUUUGCACUGCACAGGAUGUUCGCUCAACCUCGGCUACCUGUACAGGUGUACACCCAAGGAUCUAGACUACAAGAGGGACUUGUUCUGCCUCAGUGUUGAAGCUAUUGAAAGUUAUGUUUUAGGGUCGUCUGAAAAGCAAAUUGUGUCAGAAGACAAAGAGCUUUUUAAUCUUGAAAGUAGAGUUGAAAUAGAAAAAUCUCUAAAGCAGAUGGAAGAUGUUUUGAAAGCCUUGCAAACAAAGCUUUGGGAGGUCGAAUCAAAAUUGUCCUUUACCAGUUGUAAAAGCUGA